AUGGAACGACAAAACAGCAGCGACAGCAGUAUUAGCAGCCAUAGUAGCAACGACGAUGAUUCUAACGUUAAUUUGGACAGUUCAUCAACGCCACCUGUGUCCACAGCGAUGGAUAAAGGAUACUAUCGGCAAGUUCCAUAUCGAUUUUUCACCAAUGAAGCCAACACAGACUCGUGCAAACUCGAACGACUAACUAAUUUAUUUCCUGAUAUGAAAGAAACGAUUGAAUUAGAAUUAUUUAAAAGCAACAGUUUAUCACGUACAGUCGAUCGUCUUUCUCGUAUUUAUACAGUUUUAACAGCACUUGACACUCGUGAUGAUACUUUACAUUUGUUUCUCGGGCCAUAUCAUCUAUCACUUGGUCCGGCUUUGUUUGCUGCACUUCAUUUUAAAAAUGCUUCUGCAGCACUACUGGUUGCAUCGCGUCCAACAGCAGGAACAAGCAAUGGAAGUGAAAAUCAACGACGUAAGCGUCGACGAGAAAAUGUUCUCCGUCGCUUUCGUCGUGCUGUACGAAAACUCACUCUAGUUAAAUCAAUUGUUGAUCAACUUCGACCUGCUUCAGUACUAACGCCGUAUAAUCAAUAUGAACUGCAACAGCAAGGGAUUUAUGAUCUUGUUCUAGCCGGACGUACACAAAAUGCCGAUUCGAUGUAUGCCAAUGAAGAUUUCCUCGAACAAUUAGCAAAAUUCGAUACGGUAUCCUCGACUGGUGAACGAUCUCCUUUACUAGCAUCAAACUACGUUAAAAUAAAUAAUCUGCUCAACUUACUUUCCACACCCUCACAACAACAGCAGCACCAACAACAUUAUUCACAAACAUACGAAAGUAAUCCAACAGCAACAACUGAAAAAAUAAUGCGUAUGAAGUCUAGUGAAUCUCUUGUCAAUACAAUCAACCACAGUAACGAUAAUAAUAAUAAUAAUAGCGCCAAUAAUCCAGGAAAUAUAUUAAAUUCUGAAUCAUGUUGUUGUUCUCAACAUCGCCCGACGUCACCAUUUAUUAUGUUUCCGGUUAAUCAGACCGUCAGUCCUCAACCUAGUCAACUUCUUUCUUCUAAACCUCGUUCACGAGCAAAUAGCAACUCAAAUCUACUUCGAACUCCUGCUGUUCUCUCACGACAAAGCACGACCAAUAGUUUGCCUGAUUCCGCAAGUGGUGAUAUAUCCACUUCAGAUCUGCCAUCAUCAACAUCGUUGUUAACAUCACCACAAUCAAACCCUGUAGAUAUCGAUUUGAAUACACCAACAAAUUUCACUACUGUGCAUCCUUUUCUAUCAUCUACUUCAUGUUUAUCGCCACCGACAACUAACGACGAAGAUGAUCUCAUUAACCGUAUUUCAUCACUGUUAGCCAGUCAUUUGUUAUCUCGUCAAUCAACAACAACAACAACAUCGAUAACAUUGAAUACCGCCCAUGAACAUGAAACAAAUUCGAAUUUAAGCGAUAGCGCUAUAUCUCUUUCAACUACGGGCACGACAGGAGCUGUGAGUAGUGUUGUCACAUCCAAUCAAUUGUCAUCAGCAAUAGGAACCAACGACUUCGAUAAACUUUUCCAACGUAUCAAGACUGCUGUCGAUAACAGAUUAUCAAUCGAAACGAACAGUAACAAUCGAAUGCGUUCACUAUCGAACACUAUUGCUAUGAAUAAUGAAAAUAAUCAUAAUAACAAUCAUAAUUCACGAUAUAAUCUCAUGAGAUCAGGAACAAUAAAUCGCCGUCAACAAUUACUUGCUUUACAUGCUGUAUCAUGUCAAGAAGCUCACACGGAUGACUACGAUGCGGAACAUUCACCAUCAAGCAAUCAAAAACAUAAACUGGAUCGUUUAUCUAAAUCUCAAUCCUUCGAUGCAACUACCCUGAAUAAUCGUGAUGAAACAACAACACUUCUAGAUAAUAGUGACAAGAUCUAUUCGAUGACGACACUUCAAACCAACGAGAAAGGUGUUCAAACCGAUCCUCGCAUUCGACAUGCUCGUUCUAAAUUGUUGGAAACAUUACAAGCCUAUGUCACUGCCGUCGUUCGUUUUCGAGAACAUUUGUUUAAACAAUAUACGAACUCAAACACUUACUACGAUCAACAUUAUAAUAAUAUGCCUGAUUUACAACAAUAUGAAUAUCGAGAUCUAAUCAAUGUUCGAAAAGAAAUUCUCAAUCGAUUCGAAUGGGUUAUUAACGAACUCGAACAGACAAUCGAAAGCCUACAAACACGUCGAGUAUCAGUUGCAGAUGCUCAACAACGUAUCGACCGACCACUCGUUAAAGAAGUAAUCGAAUCAUCACUCAAUGCCGAUAUAACACCUGUCGAUGAGCAUCAACUGAAACUAAAUGAUCGACAACGAGCAAUGCCAAGUGAAGAUGAAUGGCGCAUGUAUGCACGUGAUCUACAAGAUACGAAAGAUGAUUUGUACUACAUUGAUUCGCUUGUUCAUCGAGGAAUUUCGAAGAUCGAUCGUUUGGUAACAUUUACAAAUCUCUAUACAUGA